AUGGGUUCGACAAAGAUCCCGUCUAAGCAGCCGGACCUCUGGGCGGCAGAGCUUGUCACCUUUGCGGCAGCGACAAUCUUUUUAGCACUUCGUCUCGUUAGUCGUAGGCUGACGAGGAUUCGACUUUGGUGGGAUGAUUACUUUGCGUUGAUGUGUUACACCAUGGCCCUGGGCUGGCUCGUGAUUGUGCCCAUCUGGAUUCAGAAUGGCUUCGGUUUGCAUAUCUGGGACAUCAAGCACCUGACCAAGGAAAAGGCCCUUUUCCAGACGAAACUCCUCCUCUACAUCGCCGAGCUGAUGUACGCCUCUGCCCUAUUUUUCGCCAAAGCCUCCAUCUUGAGCUUUUAUUGGCGCAUGUUUCGCGUCACAAACAUCAAGCUCCCGAUCCAGAUUCUUUUUACGUGUGCCGUCAUCUGGAUUAUCAUCCGCACCUUUAUGGGAAUCUUCCACUGCAUCCCCGUUCAAACGUUUUGGGACUCCUCCGUGAAAGGAACCUGCGCCAUCGAGGACUCCAAGUUCUUCUUCGGAACUAUCCUCGUCCACGUUAUACUCGAUAUUUGCAUCCUGAUUCUGCCCAUUCUGCAGAUCCGAAAGUUGCAGCUGCCUGGACUGCAGAAGCUGGGCGUCAUGGUCAUGUUUCUAUUUGGUAUUAUUAUCUGCGUGGCCGCCAUGGUCAUUAUCGUUGCUUCUACCGAAUUUGAUAAUACCUCGGAUGACCUGACGUGGAACCUUUCUACUAUUGUUAUUUGGGCAUCAGUUGAAGUCAAUCUUGUUACUGUAUCGGCCUGUCUUCCAACCGUUCGUCCGGCGUGUAUCUACCUCUUCACCUGUACCCACCCCAUCUCCUCCAUCGGCUCUGGAUCAAACAGCUACGGACAAGCCUACGGUCGAAGCCAAACCAAGAAGUCGAUCCGCCUUUCAACGCUGCCCAAGGGGAACGAGGACGAGUCGAGCUCGACACACCAACUCGCCGAAACAGAGGCUGGCCGCGGUUCCGUGUCAGACUUUGAGAGCCACGCCCUCGAUAGAUAUCGCGGAAAUACAUCUACAAUAACUGGGCCGGGGCAUGAUGGUUCUUCGGAUGAUUUCCCGACUGGCUCUGCUUUUGGUGGUAUCAUGGUUAAGAACGAGACGACUGUGAGGGUGUCGACGGCUGGUCAGCCGCAUUAA